AUGAACUGUGUCAUGGGCCCACCUGCCAUUGCUGAUUCCAUGCUCUACUUAUUUCAACCAUUUGGAGAUGCACCAGAUGUGAGAGCAGAAGAACAGGACAAGACUAGAGGAAAGAGAAAUGCCUACAACUUGACUGCCUGGUACCGGGGAGAAGAAGUGGUGUGCACAAAUUACACUAAAGAAGACGAUACCUUUCGAUGCGCUUUUGACUUGAAAGCAGAUUGGCCUGGAACGCUCAGCAUCUCCAUCCAAGGCAGUUCCAGCAACAUUCAGCCUGUGUGCAUAGAUAAUGAAGAGCCAAAACUGUAUGAGUUUCUAAUAAAACCUGAUCCUCCAUCAAUUGUAAAUAUCACAAAGAACAACAACGGAGUUAAGCUACAAUGGACUCCUUCAAUAUUUAAGAGAACAUGCUAUGCAGUAAACAUUAGUAAUAAUGAAUUUAGCACAACAGAAAUUUACAGGACCGUUACUGAAGCAUCAAUCCCUCUCCAGCCCAAAUUAUGUCACACUUUCCGGGUGAAAGCCAUUUCCUUUUCCUUGUCUGGCAACUGUACAAAAGGACUGUGGAGUGAUUGGAGCAAAGCCGUAGAGUGGGGUGAGGAGAAUCUCUACGACAAUAGUAUGUUUUCAGUUCUUCUAUACAUUCUCAUUCCGUUAUGUGUAGCAAUCCUGACUAUCAUUGUUCUCAUUUACCUGAAGAGAAUUAAACUGUUGAUUCUUCCUACAAUCCCUGAGCCUGGAAAGUUUGUGAAACAAUUGUUUGAAGAGCAUAGUGAAGAUCUUCAAAAACCUCCCCCAGAAGACCCAAUCAAGGAUGAGCAAACCCAUUUGUUGGUAUUCGUACAGACUUCUGGUAAUGAGAACUGAGGAAGCCAGGUGGCUGCCUUUACAUCAAAUGACUUUUGAAUGUAAAUCAAACACUUUUGGCACAGGGACUGGUGCUCCUAGCUGCUAAGAAUAAUCUCUUGGCAAUGCCCAGUUGUGUACAGCAUUCCUUCCCAGGCAUCUCUUGGCUAA